GUAUGACGUCAGCGGAUGUUGACGAGUCGAGUCGUCAUGAGCACACAUGGGGCAGAAGACUGUCCGCUGCAGUGCAAACAAUCAGAAGAUGAUUUUGCUCCUUCAAAACUCGGAACAAAGGACUUCUGGGAUGAUGCUUACAAGAGAGAGCUUCAGACUUUCAAGGAUAUUGGAGAUGUUGGAGAAAUAUGGUUUGGAGAGGAAAGCAUGGGCAGAGUAAUCAGAUGGAUGGAAGCACAAAAUGUACCUGAAAAUGCUGCCAUACUUGACAUUGGAACUGGAAACGGGAUGUUUCUUGUGGAACUGGCCAAGCAUGGUUUUUCAAACCUCACUGGAAUUGACUAUUCAAAGGCUGCUGUGGAGCUCACCGUAAAUAUUUUGGAAGAGGAAGGCUUAAAACAUGUUAAAAUUCAGGUGGAGGAUUUCCUGAACCCCAGCACUGCAUUGAAGGGUUUUGAUGUAUGUAUAGAUAAAGGCACAUUUGAUGCCAUUAGUUUGAGCCCAGAGGACAGAGAGGAGGCAAAAAAGCUCUAUGUGAACUCUUUAAAAACUGUAAUGCAGCCAGGAGGCUUCUUCAUCAUCACCUCCUGCAACUGGACCAAAGAGCAGCUGCUCCAGAUCUUCAGACCUGGGUUUGAGUUGGUCCGAGAGCUGCCCACCCCUCGUUUCCAGUUUGGUGGUGUGACGGGGAACAGCGUGACAGCUUUGGUAUUUAAACGGAUUGAUUGAUUCUAAAGUUGUGUUUUUUUUUUUUUGCAUUAUCAGUUAUGUACUUUUAGAAUAAAUCGUUUUGGAAAGCAAUGAUCUUUUUUUUCUCAAUAUUUCGGUAAUACAAAUAAAAUGAAUGACCUAUUACGUGGGGGGUGUACACAUGAGGGCAGUAUUGAGCUACACAUCAUUUGAACGUUACUGUAUGUCCAUUUUGACUCAGUUCUUAUGUUGAUGUGUAAUGUUAGGCAUAAACAUGGAGUAGUUAAUUGUUGCAAACACUCACUGUCAGGUAAAGUUGUUUCUCUAUAUAGGGUAUUUUAUUAAAAUCUUAACAAUAUUUUUUUUUUUUAUUGGUGAUUUUAACAUAUUUCAAGUUUUUUUGGCUUUGUAUGUAGGGUUUUCUCUGAUUAGAGCAAGAGCAAUUAGAUAUGAUAAGAUUAGAGCAAUAAUUUUUUUUUACAUAUUUAAAAAAAUAUAUAUUUAAAAUGAUCUUUUCUUUUCUUUUUUUUGAGGUCUGAGCAGUGCCUUUUUCUAAUUUAAUAUUUUGACUGUAUUUCAUGUUAUUUCUUUUUGUCUUUGCAUGAGAUUUGAGCAAGACAUUUUUUUUAAUAUAUAUUUCUUAAACUUUUGAGGCCAUACAAUGGAAUUGAAUGUAAUGAAAAUGCCAGCUGCAGAAGUUAAGUGCGGUGGAAUUUGUUAAAUAACAUUUUCAUUGCCAUUUGAUUGCUUGUUUUUAAUGCCAAGUUUUCAGGCAGCAACUUAAAAGCCAAUUUAAUACCAAAUUAUGAAAUCAGUUAAACUAUCAAAAAGCCCCUUUAUUUGUGCUCCAUAAUUUGUUUAUCAAUUUACUAAGCAUCCAGUAAUUGAGCUUUUUCCCUAGCAGUGUUCACGCACCAGAGCUUCACCCCGAAGCUCUCAGGCACUCUUGAGAAGUUUCUGUGCUAGUGUAAAUGUGCGUUCUCUGUGUCUCCCUCUGAAACGACUGAACAUUCACAAAUGUCUCACGCUUAAUACUGACUCACACUAUUGACCGCUCAGGAAUAGCAUCCAUACGGUCUCUGUUACCUCUCUCUUUCUUGGGGAUAUUUCUUUUUCUCUUGGUCAUUUUUAAGAAAAAGUCUGACAGCUGCACCUGAUAAGAAAGUGAUUGAGCUUCCAGGACACGACUGCUGCCACGGCAACAGCGAGAGAGCAAUAAAAGCCUGGCUUUGGGCCAUGAUGCUGUGGUACUUUAAAGAGAGAGAAAUCCCCCAUACCUCGCUGGUUAUUACCCCGUCCCCCAGCCGGAGAAUGAAAUGAAAAACAAAAACCUGAAUUUAAAUCUCUCUUGGCACCUUCCAGAGAUGAAAACAGAAGUUUACAUUAAAUAAAUGGAUUGAGGGUGCGAAAACGUCACUUUUUUCCAGUGCAUCAGCAUUUCUUGUCAGUAAGAAUCUGAGUGGACAGAGAAUCCAGACAGCUCUUAUUGAAGCGGAGAUGCUGAAGAGUGAAUUAAUAGAGUGUGAGAUCGAUGGCUUGCCAGUGUACAUAAAUGUGGGAAUCAUGUGAAGUCCGCAGCGCUGGAUCAGCUGUACCAUGACCACUCGAACACACAGAGACUAUGAGCUGGUUAGCAGCGGUUUUUGUUUUUGUUUGACAGAUGGUCAUUAAUAUAUCUUAACUUGUUAACUUAUGCCUUAAUGCCUUAUAGUCUUUUGUUUUCAUGGACAAACAUGUUUUAGGUAAACAUGAAUUUAAAAAAACAAAAAUAGACAAGUCAAAUUUUAUAAUUUUGAAAUCUGUUUCACUUCAUCAGAAUGGUAUGAAACUUGGCGACUCUUCUGACUCUUGCUAUAAAUGAAUACACAAAUUGUGGACGUGAUUAGAAAAGGCUAAUUGCUCUUAAAAAUAGUCAGACCUGUGACCUUUAUGGCCAAAGUUACUGUCAUAUAAAUGGGCAGAGCAAAUUUUUUCUGAAAAUCCUCUUUUAAGCAGCUAGUGAAUGCACGUGCUGCAUCAUGGUAUUUUAUGUGGUAUGGCAUUACAUAUGAUUUUCCUUAUUUCUCAGAGAUGAGAAUGAUACAAUCUGCCAUCCAUGAACUGGAAUACCUUUUCUCUAUGUUUUAUAACUUUGCUCUAUUUUUCUCUUCCAUAUUUUUUAAUAAUUUAUAUAGAAAUAUAUGGUGCAUAAUUUAGAGUGGAAUAUUGUUUAGUACAAUAAAUUGUGUUUUAUAAUAUAUAACAAAGAAAUUCUGCUUUAAACCUUUCAAAGCAGUCAAGACCAUUAUAAAAACAGAAAAAUCUAUUUCCAUUGCCAGAUGAUGAUCUUUCUUCAGGUUGCAAUAAUAAAUGCUGAUUUGAAAAGCCCA